AUGCCACUGAAGGUGUGGUUGAACAAGCCGGAGAAUCUUCCGUCGCCGACCCGUUCGGUGAAGUUGAUCGAAACACACAUUUCGCUGGUGUUCGUGGCCGACGAGCAUGUCUACAAGUUGAAGAAGCCGGUGGAGUUUGAGUUUCUCGACUUCAGCACCAUCGAUGCCCGACGGCAGGCAUGUGAGGAUGAGCUACGACUGAACCGCCGCUUGGCUCCGCAGGUUUAUCUCGAAGUGCUGCCGGUCUAUCGAAAGGCCGACGGAACGCCAACCUGGGAGGCAACUGGUGAGCCGAUCGAUUGGGUUGUUCACAUGCGGAGGCUGCCCGAGCAGCGGAUGAUGGAAGACGUCAUCCGCGCGGGCGAGAUUACCGACGGAGACUGUCAGGCGGUGGUCCGGAUGCUGGCCGCCUUUUAUCGUUCGUUGCCUGGGAUUGAUCUAACGCCGGAGGAUUACCGGCAGAGAAUUGAAGCCCACGUGCGGGGAAACUUCGACGACAUGAUCGCAGGGGCUCAGCAUUUGCCGGCGCUGGCGGUGAAGCGAAUCACGGCCUCGCUGCUGCGAAUGUUGAAGUUGGAAUCAGAGGGGUUCGAUGCUCGCGUGAAAGCAGGUCGGGUGAUUGAGGGGCACGGCGACCUGCGGCCGGAGCAUGUUUGCCUGAUCGAUCCGCCGGUGGUUUUUGAUUGCAUCGAGUUCAGUCAGGACUUUCGCACGAUCGACGUGGCCGACGAGUUGAGCUUCCUGGCGAUGGAAUGCGACCUGCUGAAGGCCGGCGAACUGGGGCAACGCCUUAUCGAGCAGACCCAGGCGGCCCUUGCUGAUGACGUGCCACCGCGGCUGUCGCGGUUCUAUAAGGCAUACCGUGCCUGCGUGCGUUCGAAGGUGGCGGCCUUGCGGAGUGUUCAACUCGAGGGUGAGGCGGAACAGGCGGCGCAUGAUGAAGCCGAGGCUUACUUGAAGCUGGCCGAGGGAUACACCGAGGAUCUGUCGAAGCCGUUGGUCAUCGUCGUGGCUGGGCGAAUGGGAACGGGGAAGUCGACGCUCGCUAAAGUGCUGGCCGAAGAAUUCACGGCCGAGGUGGUGCAGACCGACGCCGUGCGGCGCGAGUUGCUGGGGGCCAGCGAUGAGCCGGCCGAGUAUGGCGAGGGGAACUACACGCCGGAAAACAAGCGACGGGUAUACCGUGAGCUGGGGCGGCGGAUCGGGGAGCAUGUCGCCCAGGGGCUGACCGCGAUCGCCGACGGGACGUUUCUGAGCCGGAGUUCCCGGGCAGGAAUUUUCGAGGCGGCCAACACGGCGGGGGCUCGGAUUGCUGUGGUUCGCUGUGACUGUCCCGAUGAGGUUGCGCUGAAGCGAAUCGCCGAGCGGGAAACGCGGGGCACCGAUCUUUCCGAAGCCCGGCCCGAGUUGCUCAAGGAGCAAAGCUUCGAACCACCCGGGGCUGAUGAGCCGGGCCUGUGGGUGGAGGUCGACACGACAAGGCCGCUGGAUGAGCAAGUGGCGACCGUGCUGAGCGGGCUGCAGGGUCAAAUCGCCCGCGAAUAG